AUGAUUGAGUGACAGGGGGAUAAAAAAGCCCAGGAGCGGGGUAGAAAAAAAUCAGGAGUGCCUUGGACUUGCAUCAGAGACAAGUGUUGGUUGGUCGAGAUGAUGAGGAAGACCAGUCAUAAUGUGAAAGUAGGAAAUAGAUGGAAGAAUUAUGAAGUGUCAUUUCCAUAAGAUGCAGUUUGGACUUUAGAACUGUGCUUCUGCAAGAAGUGGCUAAAAAAGACUGGAAGUUUGUGGACUGUAUUAAACUGUUGGGAGGACUCUCUAGCAUAAUUCCCACUUUGUCGUUAAUGUUCAGAAGGACAGUGUGAGCACUGAAGAUGUAACUGCUCGGAUUUCUUACACACGGAUGAAAUAUCUCUUUUUUUCAUGGUUAGCAGUAUUUGUUGGCAGCUGGAUAAUAUAUGUCCAGUAUUCAGCAUACACGGAAUUAUGCAGGGGAAGUGACUGUAAAAAUAUGAUAUGUGAGAAAUACAAGCAGGGAGUCAUUGAUGGGCCAGCUUGUAGCAGCCUUUGUGAUGAAACGCUCUACUUUGGCAAGUGUUUGUCAACUAAGUCAAUCAAUCAGGUUUAUGUUGGGAAAUGGGCAGAAGUACAAGGUGUCAUAAAAUGCCAAAUGGAAGAAGCCGCUCAUUUUGACUUUGGUACUGAAACUGAACUAAGGAAGCAAACUGUUCCAUUUGAAAAGCCAACUAAAGGAACGUCAGUGGAAAAAUUCAAGGAGAUGGUUUACAGCCUGGUGAAAGCAAAACUUGGUGAGCAUGUUAAUCUUCCUGAUUUAGUUAAUUUAGUGCUUUCAGCUGCAGAUGGAAAUAAAGAUGGCCAUGUAUCUUUAGCAGAGGCAAAAUCUGUAUGGGCACUGCUACAGCUCAACGAAUUCCUUCUAAUGAUGAUCCUACAAGAUAAAGAACACACUCCAAAGCUUAUUGGGUUUUGUGGAGACCUGUAUGUUGUGGAAAAAGUGGAGUAUACAGCUCUUUUUGGAGUCAGCAUUCCAUGGUUCAUAGAGGUGUUUAUUCCCACUGGACUUCGACGAAGUGUGGAUCAGUGGUUUACACCUUCGUGGCCAAGAAAAGCUAAGAUUUCUAUAGGGCUGCUUGAAUUUGUGGAAGAUAUUUUCCAUGGACCUUUUGGUAAUUUUCUUAUGUGUGAAAUUAGUUCAAAAAAUCUUGGAUAUAAUGACAAACAUGACUUAAAAAUGGUAGAUAUGAGAAAAAUUGUUCCAGAAGUUAAUUUCAAGCAACAAAUGGUGGCUCAUCCAUGUGUGUCUGAUUUGGAUUGUGUAUAUGAAGCAGACUGUAGGACAUCUUGUGACCAGUUUAAAAAGCAGUGUACAACAGAAGUAAUACAACCAAAUUUGGCCAAAGUAUGUGGCCUAUUAAAAGACUACCUUUUACGAGGGGCACCUUCAGAUUUAAGGGAAGAGUUGGAAAAGCAGCUGUAUUCCUGUAUUGCACUUAAAAGUACGGUAAACCAGAUGGAAAUGGAACACUCCUUAAUACUAAACAACCUAAAGACAUUACUGUGGAAACAAAUCUCUCAUACUAAGGAUUCUUAAGUCAUUAAAAUUUAGAAAACACUAAACCCCAAAAGGAUGCCUGCUGCUAUUUAAAGGGAAAUAUAGUUUGUAAGAAUAUAGUUGGAUGUACACUGCUGUAAUUGUGUCAUUGUUUCUGUCUUCACGUAAAUGCUGAUAUCUUUUAAUUGAUAGUUUUAACCUAGACACCACUGUUGAAACAUCAUGACACAGACCAAACAGCUGCUAGUUCUGAUUUUACAGUUUCUGAAUGUACAACAUACUGAGAUGUUAGCAUGGCAGAAUUUUGCACAUUAUGGUUGGUCCCUUCAUGGAUUUAGUAUUUUUGGGUUGGAUGUGACCACCUUUUACCUCAUUUUCCUAUAACUGCUUGAAAAUGAAAUGUAUGUAGAAGCGUAUUGAUUCUGCAGUGUGUACAUGUUUUAUUCAAAGGGGGUUUAAUUUUCAUAGGACAAUAUAACUUGAAAUGUUCCUUAUUAAAAACUAACUGUGGUACUUUUGAGCCAUGUAGUACAAGACUGGGAUUUAAGGAAAUAAUGAGUUUGUCACCUUGUCAUUCUGUUAUUUUAAAGGAAUAUUUUCCUCAUAAAAAUGCAUUUAAUUACUGUUGUCCCAGGUAGUAUGUGACAUACCAUAUAUUGUCAUUAUUUUUCAAAUAAUUAAUAUUUUCAUAUCUUUUUCAAACUGUUUACAGCCUUAAAAAUUUAGAUUUUCACUAUGGCUUAAGAAGAGUAUUUAUCUUGAAAAUAUGAAAGUAUUGUUUGAGAAGAAAUCAAUAGGCUUGUAAUAUGGAAGCAAAAACACUCUUGAUGUACUGUGGAAGUCUGCAUAAGGAUUCAUCCUACACAAAAAAUGUUUACCAGGUUUGUAAUGUUGCCAAAUGCAUGCAUUUCAGCAUUAAAUGUGCGUUUAUAUUGUC